GUGGUUAAAAUGGUAAAUAGUUAAGACUCAGUAGUCGCACAGUAACGGAUUCAGUUGGAGGUUCAGUUGGCAAUAGCACUUACUCGCGGAACAAGAUGGUGGUGGCGCUACUCUUCCUCGGCCUUAUCGUCUUAUUCCUAUUCAGAUUCGCCACCGCUUAUGGCGAUUUCACUUUGAUGUCUAAGAAGCACCCGAAACGACAAGAAAUUGAAGACAAGGUUGUUUGGAUCACUGGUGCUAGCCGUGGAAUUGGUGAGAUUCUGGCUAACCAACUUGCAAGUUUGGGGGCCAAGCUAAUCAUCUCUGCAAGGAAUGAAGCUGAACUAGAGCGAGUAAGGACACAGCUGAAAGGUAAACAUGCACCUGGUGAAGUAAAGAUUUUGCCUCUGGAUUUAGCAUCUGGGGAGGGAUCUCUUAGGAAGGCUGUUGAGAAAGCAGAAUCCUUUUUUCCCGGUUCUGGUGUUGAUUAUAUGAUCCAUAAUGCAGCUUUUGAGCGCCCUAAAUCAUCAGCUUUAGACGUAACGGAAGAAGGUCUCAAGGCAACAUUUGAUGUCAAUGUUCUGGGGACAAUAACACUCACAAAGCUCUUGGCACCUUUCAUGUUGAAGAGGGGGCAAGGACAUUUUGUGGUGAUGAGCAGUGCUGCAGGAAAGACACCUGCGCCAGGUCAGGCUGUGUACUCUGCUUCUAAAUUUGCUCUAAAUGGGUACUUCAGUUCUCUGCGUUCUGAGCUCUCUCAGAAAGGAAUAAGGGUCACUGUUGUCUGUCCUGGUCCAAUAGCAACAUCAAAUAAUGCUGGAUCAAGGGUUCCAUCUGAGAAACGUGUGCCUGCAGAAAAGUGUGCGGAGCUGACUAUUAUUGCUGCAACCCAUGGCUUAAAGGAAGCUUGGAUAUCGUAUCAGCCUGUGCUCGCCGUCAUGUAUCUCGUUCAGUACAUGCCAACCGUUGGUCAUUGGGUCAUGGACAAGGUUGGAAAAAAUAGAGUAGAAGCUGCUGUUUCAGAGAAGGGAAGCACAUACUCUUUGAGCUUACUCUUUGGAAAAAAGAAGGCAUCGUGAUGGCCAUGGUUAAGUUUGUGAAUGUGCUUCAGUUAUUUGUAUCAAAUAAUAAAUUUGAUUUUUACUACUGGCUACGUGUAUAUUUGGUAUAUUUGGUUCAUAAUUUGCAAAAUCAUACUUACAUAGAAAGUUAACUUACACCUUUCAAACCAUAUAUGCAAGGCAUUCAAACUGA